UUUAGUUUUAAUUUACUCAAUCAAACGAAACAACAAGAAGAAAUCUUCAAACAUCUUUUCAAUACAUAGUCAGAUGACGAUGAUGUCUAAAUUCACCAUUCUUCUUGCCCUGCUUAAUCCUAUUCUUCUUCUUCUUCUUCUUCUUCUUCCAUGGCUAAACCUGUAAUAAUACUCAUUUCCUUAACCCUCUGUAUUGUGCUUCUCCCAAAUGUCUUUUCCCAAACCCCAAAUACCAAUACUUCCAUUUGCAACGGCAUCCUCGUCACCUAUCAGUACACCGGCGGCGCCCGAAUCCAGCCGGUUCUGUCGCCGGCCGACCAACCGUACCGGUUCGAGUCGACCCUCACGGUUCGGAACAACGGCCCGGUCGAGCUCAAGAACUGGCAGGUCUUCGUAGGGUUCCGGCACGGCGAGCUUCUAGUAACCGCCGGAAAUGCUGUCCUCGCCGACGGCACGCCUCUCCCGGCCAACGUCACCGGCGGCACGGUCUUCGCCGGCAGCCCCGACACAGACCUGAAGACGGCGAUCGAAACGGCUGGCGAUGUCGAUCAGAUGCAGGCGGUGGUGCAACUCGUCGGAACCCAAUUCGGCGUCGCGCCGCCGGACUUUCCCUUGCCGGAUAAUUUGACUCUCGUCAACGAUGGAUAUUUAUGUCCGAAUCCGCCCCUAACAGGGAACAACAGCACGAGCAUAUGCUGCACGCCGGACCCGACGGCAAGAACGAACACGUCGAUCGACGGCGGAGAUUUCUCCCCCCUCCAAAACGGCGACGUUUCGAUUAUGUACGACGUUUUAAUGUCGUACGAGGGUAACUACCUGGCCCAGGUGACGAUCGAGAAUCAGAAUCCUCUGAAUCGAAUCCAAGAUUGGAAUCUGAGCUGGGAAUGGAUGCAGGGCGAGUUCAUCAACUCCAUUAGAGGUGCUUACCCCAAAAUCGUGGAUCCAGGCGACUGCAUCUUUGGCAACCAGGGCCAAUUCUACAAACAAUUAGACUUAUCCAAAGCCCUAACCUGCGACAGGCGCCCCACAAUUAUCGAUCUCCCGAUUUCAAUGGCCAACGACGACAACCUCGGAAAGAUCCCUUUCUGCUGUCGGAACGGGACAAUUCUGCCGCCGUCCAUGGAUUCCGGCAGGUCCAAAUCCUCCUUCCAAAUGCAGGUCUACAAAAUGCCACCAUACCUUAACAUAACUCAUCUCUACCCACCUCGGAAUUGGAACAUCAACAGCACAUUAGGCUCCGAUUACCAAUGCCGACAGCCUGUCCGCGUGGCGCCGUCUUUAUUCCCCGACGCCGCCGGUCUGCCGUCGCGGACGGCGGCCGUCGCCAGCUGGCAGGUCGUCUGCAAUGCCACGUUGGCAGCCCGGAAGCCUAAAUGUUGUGUGUCGUUUUCGUCCUUUUCUAACAAUUCUGUCGUUCCCUGCAACACUUGCGCCUGCGGCUGCGACCGGAAUCUCGACAACGGCGUCUGCAGCGCGGCGGCGCCGGCGCUCCUCCUGCCGGCGGAAGCUCUGCUUCUGCCGUUCGACAACCGGACCGAGCUGGCGACGGCGUUUGCACGGCAGAACCGGCGGCGCGUGCCCAGCCCGUUGCCCUGCGCCGACAAUUGCGGCGUGAGCAUCAACUGGCACCUCCUGUCGGAUUUCCGGGGCGGAUGGACGGCGAGGAUCACGCUGUUCAAUUGGGACGGAAACGACGUCGUUGACUGGUUUGCAGCCGUGGAGCUGGACAAGGCCAUGCCGGGAUUCGAGAAGGUCUACUCCAUGGACGGAGCUCGGAUGUCGGGUUCCGACAACAGGACCCUGUUUCUGAAAGGGCUGCCCAAUCACAACUAUCUCGUUGCAGAAAGAAACGGGUCGAACCCGAGAAAGGAUCCGCGGGUUCCGGGCACGCAACAGUCAGUUAUAUCGUUUACGAAGAAGCAGACGCCGGGAAUCCACGUGGCCGGCGGCGAUGGAUUUCCGACGAAGAUAUUCUUCAACGGGGAGGAGUGCUCUGUCCCGACAACGAUCCCCAGCACUGGUCGUAAAAACACUGCUGCUUAUGCUGUACUCGUCGUCUGCCUUAUUUCUUCCUUGAUUUAUUUUUAAAGCCAUGUUUCAUGUAUCAAAAUCAAUUUUUUUUUUUUUUUGUACUGACCAAAUCGGAUAAUGGAUAGUGUUAUGUUAUGAUCAAAAUAUUCCUUCGGACAGCACGGUGCAUUUUGGCAGGUUGAAUAGUUACAGUGAGGAUUUUCCGGCCAACAAAGAAAGU